GCUGGUCUCCCCUCACCUCAGACAGGUAUCAGUGGUUGGAGGUCGACCUGGGCGAGCGGACCAAGAUCACUGCUGUCGCCACUCAGGGUCGCUACGGAAGCUCUGAUUGGCUAUCGUCGUACCUGCUGAUGUUCAGCGACACGGGACACAACUGGAAACAGUACAGACAGGAGGACAGCAUCGGGUCUUUUCCAGGUAACAGUAAUGCCGACAACGUGGUUCAGUACAAACUGCAGCAGGCAGUGAUUGCUCGCUUCCUCCGCCUCAUCCCUCUGGACUGGAACCCCAGCGGGAGAAUCGGACUGCGGCUGGAGGCCUACGGAUGUCCUUACGCCUCCGAUGUUGUGAGUCUGGAUGGUGUCAGCAGCAGUCUGGAGUUCAGGUUGAGCUCAGGGCUAAGGCAGGCUUCCAGAGAUGUCAUCUCCCUGCAGUUUAAAACACUGAGGAAUUCUGGGACGCUGCUGCACGUGGAGGGAGAGGGAGGACUCGGCCUCAGUCUGGAGUUGGAGAGAGGGAAGCUGCUGCUGCUGCUCAGAAAAGGUAGGACUCCAUCCCCUGAGCCUCGGCGUCUCGCCUCUCUCGUGAGUCUUUUAGAUGACCAACACUGGCACCAUUUGGCGUUUGAGCGGCGAAGCUCCCACCUCAACCUCACAGUGGACAAACACACAGAGAGGGUCCAAAUCCCUGCAGAGUUUAGCCACUGGGACAUCAAGCAGCUCAGUGUCGGUGCAGUGUUGAGCCUUGGUUUUCAGAAGUCACUCAUUUCCAAGAGGAACUUCCAUGGCUGCGUAGAAAACCUGCACUACAAUGGCCUGAACCUGAUAGAGCUGGUUAAAGUCGAAGACCACCAAGUGACAGUAACGGGCAAUGUGACCUUUUCUUGUGAUGAGCCAGUCUCAGUUGCCAUGACGUUCCCCGGCCCACAGAGCUUCCUACAGCUGCCAGCGGUGACAGCAUCCUCCUCUGGAGGCAUGUCUGUGGGGUUUCAGUUCAGGACGUGGAACAAGGCGGGGCUCCUGCUCACCUUUGACAUACCACAGGAAGGAGGCGUGGUCUGGCUGCACCUCAGUGAGGCUAAACUCCGACUGCAGAUCCAUAAAGCUGGCAGGGCGCUGAUCGAUCUCAGUGCAGGUUCUGCUCUGAAUGAUGGUCAGUGGCAUUCAGUGGAGCUGAACGCCAAACGGGGACGUCUGAGCAUUGCUGUGGAUAAAGAGGAAGGAGGAAGCGCUCAAGCCAGCCCCUCCUUUCCUGUCACCAUUGAAAGCCACGUCUUCUUCGGUGGAUGUCCUGCUGCAGAGGAAAGCCAACAGUGCAGGAAUCCCUUCAAUGUCUUCCAGGGCUGCAUGCGUCUCUUAUCCCUGGACAACAAAAACGUGGACCUGAUUUUGGUGCAGCAGAAGCAGCUGGGAGUCUACAGCAACCUGCAGAUUGAUAUGUGUGGCAUCAUUGACAGGUGUUCUCCAAGUCGCUGUGAACACGGCGGUCUCUGCAGUCAGUCGUGGACCGUGUUUCAUUGUAACUGCUCUGACAGCGGAUACAGCGGAGCUACCUGCCACAGCUCUGUGUACGAGCAGUCCUGCGAGGCGUACAAACACAGCGGCAACACAUCCGGACACUUUUACAUCGACGUGGACGGCAGCGGACCAAUCAAACCACAGCUGGUCUACUGCAACAUGACAGAGGAGAACACCUGGAUGGUGAUCCAGCACAACAACACAGAGCUGACCAGGGUCAGACCGUCUCCAGGAGUGAAUCAGCUCUCAGUCCACUUUGACUACUCGGCUAGAGAGGAGCAGCUUUUAGCCGCCAUCAGCCAAUCAGAGCACUGUGAGCAGGAAUUGUCCUACCACUGCAGGAAGUCCCGCCUCCUCAAUACUCCAGAGGGCUCUCCAUUCAGCUGGUGGUAUGGUGGUCCUGGUCCUGGUUCUCUGCAGACUUAUUGGGGUGGAGCUCAGCCGAGCAGCCAGCAGUGUGCCUGUGGUCUGCAGGGCGACUGUGUGGACCCUCAACACUACUGCAACUGUGACGCAGAUCGCAUGGAGUGGGCUGAAGACUCCGGUCUGCUCACCCAUAAGAAGAGCCUCCCUGUCAGGUCUCUGGUCCUCGGUGACAUCCAGAGGCCUGGGUCAGAGGCCGCCUAUAGGGUUGGAGCUCUGCGCUGCCAUGGAGACAAGAAUUUCUGGAACGCUGCAUUCUUCGACAAAGAGACGUCGUACCUACACUUCCCCACCUUCCAUGCCGAGCUGAGCGCAGAUAUCUCCUUCCUGUUUAAAACCACGGCCGCCUCCGGUGUGUUCCUGGAAAAUCUGGGCAUCAAAGACUUCAUCCGGAUCGAACUGAGCUCCUCCACUCAGGUUGUUUUCUCCUUCGAUGUGGGGAACGGCCCGCUGGAGGUUUGGGUGGAGUCAGAUGCGCCGCUGAACGACAACCGCUGGCAUCGAGUCCGAGCAGAGCGGAACAUCAAAGAGGCGUCCCUGCAACUGGACGGAUAUCGAGCGGCGACCCAGGAAGCUCCUGCUGAUGGACACUUCCACCUUCAGCUCAACAGCCAGCUCUUCAUAGGAGGCACGGCGUCCAGGCAGAAGGGCUUUCGAGGAUGUAUACGCUCUCUGCAGCUGAACGGCGUCACGCUUGAUUUGGAGGAGAGAGCAAAGAUCACACCAGGGGUUCGACCAGGCUGUCCAGGUCACUGCAGCAGCUACGGGUCACUCUGUCAGAACCAGGGCCGCUGUGUGGAGAGAGCCAACGGCUUCAACUGUGACUGCAGCCUGUCAGCAUACACUGGAGUCUUCUGUAACACAGAGGUGUCUGCCAACUUUAAAUCAGGGACCUCCGUCAGCUACACCUUCAAGGAGCCGUAUGAGCUGAGCAGAAACAGCAGCGCUCUGCCGUCCUCCAUCUACUCUGACACGACGCUGAGAGGAGAGAACGUCUCUCUGAGCUUCAGGACCAACCAGAGUCCGGCUCUGCUGUUCUACGUCAGCUCGUACUACAGAGAGUACCUGGCCCUGAUCAUCAACAAACACGAUAAGCUGGAGGUGCGAUACAAGCUGGACAGCAGCAGGGAGGCCGAGGUGUUGAGGAGCAGAGUGAGGAGUCUGGCUAACGGACAGCUUCACACCGUUUCUAUCAAGAGGAUGGCCAACGCCGUGUCUCUGCAGAUCGAUCAAAACCCCAAAGAAGAAUUCAACCUGACAUCUGACGGAGAAUUCAACGCCAUCAAGUCGCUGGUGUUGGGCAGAGUGCACGGUUCUGAUGAUCUGGAUCCAGACCUGGCCCGGGUGGCGUCUCUGGGUUACACCGGCUGUCUCUCUGUGGUUCAUUUUAACUCCAUCAGUCCUCUGAAAGCUGCUCUGCUCCACCCAAACACCAGCCCCGUCACCAUCACGGGACCUUUAGUCCAGUCUAACUGUGGCUCCUCGGCUUCAGCCAAUCCCUACGCAGCAGAGAACACGCACCACCUGUCAGGUGUCAUAGCAGUGGUGAUCUUCAUCAUCGUGACCGGCUUGGUGAUAACCGCCAGGUUCCUCUACAGGAGAAAAGAGACGUAUCGAAACCAGGAAGUGAAGGGGGUCAAGCAGGAGGACAGUCAGGAUUUCCCUUUCAACAACCAGACGGACUCCCAGAACGUCUCCUGUGAAAACCCAAAGGAGUAUUUCAUUUAACCGGAGGGCCGACGAGCCGAUGGGUUUUAAAGCAGAGGCUGCAGACGGGUCGAGUCCUGCAUCGCCUCAGGACUUCACGCCACACUCAGAGCCAGUCAGAGACAUGGCUGCUAAAAACAUGGAGGCAAAAGGAACAAUUCACAGUGUGGUUGUCUUUCUGUUGCUCUGCUGUAAAUUGUAAAUACAAACAUGCAACAGUGAGCGACUUCUGAGGUGUGGAUAUCCUGGAUUUAACUGUAAAUACUUCCGAUGUAAAUCUUGAAUUGAUGUCUUUGUAACGACCUUCGGCUGAUGUCACUUUGUUAUACUGAAAUGUUGGAAUUAAUGGAGGCAUUGGUAUUUUUGAUGGUGUUUGAGUAGAAAGGUGUAAAGCUGCGCUAUUAUGUAGUUUGGGUGUUUUUAAG